CUUUGGGGGAAGCUUAUUGAAUUCGGUUGUAAGAUGGACCCUGAAUUGAGAGGCUUAGAUGUCCUUGUGGAUGCAGCAGUUGAUGGCCAAUCCCCUGUUGGUCAAGAAGCUGCUGCUUCAGUUGGACCAUCUAUGAAUAUGGAAGCAAAUCCUGACCCUGUUGCUGAUCAUGUACCUAAUGUGGAAGCUAAUCCUAAAAAAAGGAAGGAAAGUCAACAAAGAUCUGUGGUGUGGGAGCAUUUUGAGACUAUUAAAGAUGCAAAAGGUACCACUAUGCAAGCCAAAUGUCUUUACUGUGCUCGCAUUUACAAUUGUCAUGCCAAAAAGAAUGGAACUUCUACUUUAAGAAGUCAUUUAGUUAGAUGCACUAAACACCCACACAGUAUAGAAACUAGGCAGGCUUUGUUGUCUUUUCAACCUGUUAGUGUGGAAGCUGGAUCAUCUGGUCAUGAUUUGUUUUCUGUUGCUACAUGGAAAUUUGAUCAGUAAGUAGUUAGGAAAGCAAUAGCAUACAUGAUUGUUGUUGAUGAAUUGCCAUUCAAAUUUGUUGAGAAACAAGGUUUUAGAAGAGUAAUGAGUCUUGCUUGUCCAAUGUUUAAAAUGCCCUCUAGGUGGACUAUUACUAGGGAUUGCUAUGCUUUGUUUGUUGAGGAGAGGUUAAAACUGAAACAAUUUUUGAAAACUAAUACUCAAAGAGUGAGUCUUACUAGUGAUUCAUGGACAUCUAAUCAGAGAUUGAACUACAUGUGUAUUACUGCCCACUUUAUUGAUAAUGACUGGAAGUUGCAUAAGAAAAUUAUCUCUUUUGUUACUUGUUCUAGGCAUAAGGGUGAGUAUUUAUCUAAAUCUAUGGAAACUUGUUUGCAAGAGUGGGGGCUGAAAAACAUUUUUUCUGUUACCUUAGACAAUGCUGAAAACAACAGUACUGCUAUGGGAUUUUUUAUGAAAAAAAUGUUGUU